AUGCCGCCCAAGAAGAAACAGAAGACGACCAAGCCGGCCGCACCCACCCCCCGCUCGACGCGAAGCCGCACCCGCUCCGAAUCCGUCAUCGCCUCGGCACCACCGCCGAAGAGAAGCACCCGGUCGAGAAGCGUCAAGGCGGAACCGGAAGACGAUGUGAUCGAUCUCAGGGAUGAUGAUGAGGACAUUGGGGAGGUGACGAGUGGGUAUGAGCUGCCGAAGACGGAUAGCUGGGUCGAGGUUCCUCCGACGCAGCGCCCGGCGUGUCGAGAAGACGAGCUGGGUCUCAUCCGACCCAAGGACAUGGCUGCAUUCAUCGAGAAGGGCAAGUACAAGGCGAACGAGGACUCGAUGGUCUGGCACGUGGAGCAGAGGCCAGCCGAUGCGAGCUCGUUCUACUUCACGAAGGAGGAUAUGAGGGAGGAUGCGGGUCCUUCGCGCUACGUUGCUGUCAGGCCAAAGGCGCGAGGAGGCGCGGCAGCGAAGGGCAAGGGCAAGACGGUGGAGACCACGAUAUCGACAGCAGGAAGGGCAGCGACCUCGUCUGCAGGCGCGCUGACUCAGCCGAGCCCAGCAACCAGCAGCAGACCAGCACCCGCGUCGCAGGUCGCCUCGUCACAACCACACAGCGAUGGCUUGUCGGACAUCUUCCUCGGCAGUGGCCAAGCGCAAGACGAGGAGGCGCCGACAUUCCUCGAUGGCGAAUCGGAUGAAGACAACAGGAUGAGGCAGGCGAGUCAACGACCAAGGACGAAGAAGUCGCCGACCAUGGGCGAUAGGAUCGCGCAGGGCCUGGCUAGCCAACGCUCGAGAUCCUCGACACCACGAACCGCUCCAUCAAAACUCGCAGCAGCCAUGCAAGAGCCUACGAGGGAGCAACAGACCAGCAAGAAGGGCAAGGAGAGGAUGCAAGAGCCCGAGCCAGCGCCAGCCAGUCAAAAGGAGAAGAGGAGCACGCAAGGCGCCGAUGGCAGCGAAGAACCCAAGCGAAAGCGUAAGGGCGAAGAUCUCAAGAACCUUCGCUCGGAGCUCAACGAAGAUGCCUUUGCACGAUCGACGGGAGCGCGACACAAAGAGGAUUUCCGCAACAAGUUGGCUGCAUUCUCACAGGCACGCAGGAAGGCGCAGAUCGAGCGAGGCGAGAGUGUCGACUCCUCGUCAGACGAAGCGGACGAUGGGCCGCAGAAGCGCAGACGCCUCGGCAACGGCAAGCGCGCUGAGACUGUGUCGAGUGACAGUGACACCAGCAACUCAGACUCCGACAGCGACAGCGACAGCAGCAGCAGCAGUAGUGACGACAGCAAGGACUUCAUUGUCGCCGACGACCAGGUGGAGUACGAGAGAGGAUUUUCGCCUCAGGAUGAUGAGGACGUACCUCCGCCGACAGAGAUACCUCAAGCUCGACCUCCCACCGACGGCCGGUGGUACGACCGCGAUGCUGAUGGCAAGAUCCAUCUAGCGCCCAUCUCUCACACCGCCACUGGCGCACCCUCCAACUCUAUUCUCGCGGCACAUGGUCUCGGCGGCGCCUCCGCCCGCAAGGGACUCGACGAGAUGUGUCUAGACUGGGUCGAAUGGGCUGCCGCCCGCGUGCUGCUCAGCUGGUCUUCCCUCAGCCUCGACGACCGCAAGCGCCUCGAGCGCAACCGCGCCGCCCUCCGCUCCCGCAUGCGCUCCGUCGAGGAGAGCGUCAGCAGCGUCGCAAUGCGCAGGCAGUUCAAGUGGUACCUCACGCAGUACCCGAAGAUCGAGGUCGAGGCGCUGUUCAGCGACGAGGUGGACGAGUACGGCACGCUGGCGAAGAACGGGUGUGGAAUCUGCCACAGGAAGUCGCAGAAGGCGCAGUUCAAGGUAACGUUCUCGGGUUUGCGAUAUGACCAGGAGACGCUGGGACCGCUCAGCAAACGCGACGACGAAGACAACGACGCCGACUCCGGGCACGAAUCCGACAAUUCCAGCGAUUCAGACUCAAGCACCUCGAGCGACCGCAGCUCGGACAACGAAACGUGGCGCGAGCAAGGCACAGACUCCCGCUCCCACCCGAGCUACACUUUCUUCGCCGGUCAACACUGCGCCCAACGCGCCGCCGUGAUGCACAAGCUCCACCACUGGGAAUGGACGACCAUGCAGACGCUCGCCAAGCACGACAGCAUCCGCUUCAUCCGCCGAUUGCUAUGGAGGACCAAGAAGCAGGGCAAGGGCAAGGAUGGCGAGUUGGGCUGCGGCGCGUGGGAGGUCGCUCUCGCCGUCAACGAGAUGAUCAGCCCCAGCGGAAGGUGCGUUUGGAAAGGCAUGGAAAGGGCCAAGGAGGGGAAGGGGAAAGGGUCGGAGCUGGAGAGGCUGAGGAGGAGGUUGAAGAGUUCGAGCGAGCAGGCGAUCGAGGUGAACAGGGCGAGGUGA